AGCGGCCCCUGAAUUCAAAAUGAAUAAUACGAUGGACAAUUAAACGCCGUAAGUAUCAGUUCACCAUUAUUAUUCUCGUAUGUAGAAUAAAUUUCCACCAGGAAUUAUACGCUACAUUCGUUCCUGCGAUCAUCUUUGACAAUGGCAGCUGAACAUCCUAGGAUUACUGACGACGGUGUGAGCUUCGGCAAGAGUUAUGCCGUACUCAACCUAGACUUGAUGGCGAUUCUUAUAGAUGCUGUCAAGGAUACUGCAAAAGGGCAAGCUUUUAUUUCUAGCUGCACACGCUGGAAUGAUGCUGUUCACAAGAUACACCCGCGUCCGCCAGUCAUCUUCACGACUCUUUCCUUUAGCCCAGGGGAGCCGGAGCUGGCAGAAGAUGCCCCGUUUGGGAAAAUCAUCAGAAACUUCGGUUCCUUCAUCGCUGGAUCUUCGGCGGUGCAGAUAGCAUCCAAUUUCGAGGUUGACAGCAAAGAUAUUGUGCUCCAGAAAACUAGGUGUUACGGCGGCACAGGGAAUAGCCUCGAGCAGAUUUUGAAAGCACGGAAUAUUGACACCGUCAUAAUUUCUGGUUUGAGUCUCUCCGGAGUAGUGAUGAGUACGAUUUAUCGAUUAUUUGAUCUCGACUAUAAUAUUUACGUUAUCUCGGACAACGUGUUAGAACUUCCGCUGGAUCAGCACCAAGAAUAUUCUCGGGUCAUGUUGGGGAGCCUCUUACCGAAAAUGAACUUGAGGGUAAUUUCUGUCGAUUCGGCUUUGAGAGCUGUAGAGCGGAGUUUGGUGGACUGCGGUCCUGUUAUCAACUGAGACUGUUACAUUAGGUAUACCUGGCGUGUUUGCAGACGCAUA